CCUCCUCUAAUGGAGAAAGAGUGAACAAGUGCACCGGGUUGAGCUGCUCUCACAGAGUCGCCGGGCUGGGAACCGGAGCGGAGGCUGAAAUCCCCAGACGCCCCUGGUCCCUGGGCUGGACCCCCCCACCCCCACUUCCCUUUCGGUCUCGCUCGCUCCUUCCUUCGCCUCUCUCUGGAUUUUACCGGUUCUUGAUGAAACAGCUUUAUACACGAUGGGUCUCCACGUCCCCGUGCAGGAAGUGCUCACGGACUGAUAUGGCAGACUUUGCUUCCCGGCAAAAAUUCACCUGACCAAGAAAACCGUCCGCACCAUAUUUUUGCUGUGUGGGAAUUCCUCAUUCUCCUCUUUGGGACCCUGUCCUGUGGAGAUUGCCCAGUCCUCCCUAAAGAAGUGGCAACAUGAGCUCUCUCUGCUCCCACCUGGUCCUGCUGCCUCUGAGGAAUAGUGAGGGGAGAGAGAGAAAGAGAAAAGUGUGAAACAAGCUACUCCAUCUUGUCUGGAAGUCUACAGAUCACGUCUCCUCUUCAUAGAGGCGAACACUAAGGAUGCUUUCCACGUGAGCCCUGAAGGCCAUCUAUUCCAGAUGGAGUGGGGCAGGCGAGGAGACCUAGACAGCAGAAGACCCCAGAAAAAAUGGAGGAAUCUGUUCAGAAUUUGCUUGCGAAAAAUGAGACUUUUGCAUUUUUGGAAACAAAAAAGUGAGCCUCUGAUCCAUUUCCUACAGCAAGACAAGGGAGUCAACAUGAGGGAAAAUGCGGUGUCCACGGUGGCUUCCGUUCUGCUACUUCUUCUCAACGUCAGUCUUCUGAACGGACAAUCAGCUCCUGGAAAACCUAAGAUCUCUAAAUGUCGUUCUCCCGAAAAGGAAACAUUUACCUGCUGGUGGGAGCCUGGUACAGAUGGAGGACUUCCUACCAAUUACACGCUGACUUACCACAAGGAAGGAGAGACACUCAUCCACGAAUGUCCAGACUACAAAACCAGUGGCCCCAACUCCUGUUACUUUAACAAGAAGCAUACCUCCAUAUGGAAAUUGUACAUCAUCACGGUGAACGCCACUAACCAGAUGGGAAGCAGCUCCUCAGAUCCACUCUACGUGGAUGUGACUUACAUCGUUGAACCAGACCCACCUGCGAACCUGACGUUAGAACUAAAACAGCCAGAAGACAAAAUACCAUAUCUGUGGAUGAAAUGGUUUCCACCCACCCUGGUUGACGUAAGAUCUGGUUGGCUCACACUCCAGUAUGAAAUCAGAUUAAAACCCGAGAAAGCACCUGAAUGGGAGAUCCAUUUUGCUGGGCAGCAAACACAGUUUAAGAUUUUCAGCUUACAUCAAGGACAGAAAUAUCUUGUCCAAGUUCGCUGCAAGCCAGAUCAUGGAUUUUGGAGUGAAUGGAGCCAAGAGAGCUCCAUCCAGAUACCCAGUGACUUCACCAUGAAAGAUGCAACCGUGUGGAUUGUUGUGGCCGUUCUCUCUACCAUCGUCUGUUUGAUAAUGGUGUGGGCAGUGGCCUUGAAAGGCUAUAGCAUGGUGACCUGCAUCUUCCCACCAGUUCCUGGGCCAAAAAUAAAAGGAUUCGAUACUCACCUGCUGGAGAAGGGGAAGUCUGAAGAACUACUGAGCGCCUUGGGAUGCCAGGACUUCCCUCCCACUUCUGACUGUGAAGACUUGCUGAUAGAGUUUUUAGAAGUGGACGACAGUGAGGACCAGCAGUUAAUGCCACCCCAUUCGAAGGAACACCCGGGGCAAGGCGCCAAACCCCCACACCUGGAUCCUGACAACGACUCUGGCCGGGGCAGCUGCGACAGUCCUUCCCUUUUGUCUGAAAAGUGUGAGGAACCCCGGGCCAACCCCCCCACAUUCCAAACUCCUGAGGUCCUCGAGAAGCCAGAGAAUCCUGAAACAAAUAUGACCCCCACCUGGGACCCCCAGAGCGUCGGCGCACAAAGCCCCAGGCCCAGCCUCCAUGCCGGCGGAUCCAAAUCUUCAACCUGGCCUUCCGCACACCCCAGCCAGCCCGGCGCCAGGUCCUCCUACCACAGCAUCGCCGACGUGUGUGAGCUGGCUGUGGGCCCUGCAGGCCCUGCACCAGCCACCUUGUUGGACAAAGCGGGAGAGGAUGUUCUAAAAUCCUCUAAAACCAUUAAGACCAGACCGGAGGAGGAGGUAGCCACGCAGAGGGAGAUGAAAAGCUUCCCAUCCAAGACUGGCCGAGACGCAGCCUGGCUGCUGCCGCAGGAGAAAACACUCUUCAUCUCUGCAAAACCCGUGGAUUACGUGGAGAUUCACAAGGUCACCAAAGACGGAGCCCUGUCCUUGCUACCAAAACAGAAAGAGAACAGCCACCGUGUGGAGCAGCUUAGGGCUCCCGACACCAGUAAGGAGUACGCCAAGGUGUCCAAAGUCACGGAUAACAACAUCUUGCUGUUGGUGCAAGACCCGCGAGCUGAAACCGAGGCUUUGUUGGAAGACUCAGCCAAGGAGGCUCUGCCGUCACUUGAACAGAAUCCAGCGGAGAAAGACCUGACCUUCUUCACGGGGACACCCAGCAACUGCAGGGUCCAGCUGGGCGGCUUGGAUUAUCUGGACCCCGCAUGUUGUAUGCACUCCUUUCCCUGACAGCUUCACUCAUGGAAGGAUUGGUGAAAAUGUGAUUUUUCUUCAGGUAACACUACAGAGGACACGACACCCAGUCCGCUAGAGACUGGGCCAGGUGUGGUCAGACGGUGGCUACUGAAUCUCACGGCUCCUUUCAUGCUCCAUUUCCAACCACUUGCCUCUUUCUCUGACAGCUGAUUCCAGAACAAAUCAUUCUGCUUCCUAACCGUGAUACGUAGAUUUAUUUUUUGCGAUUAGUUAUAAAAUUAUGUGUUCAAUGAAAAAAAAAAAAAAGCACACUGCUUAGUGUUCUUGAGAGAGGGUGCCGGUAGGUACAACUUCUGGAAAAGGCUUUCAAGGUGGGUAUGUGACGGUUGGAAAUGAAAUGGUUAGAAUUGUUUUGACCACAGGGAGAUGCGAAAUAGGUGGGAAGUGCCAUGAAAACUGCUUUUGAAAGCCAAAUGCUGAAACUUGACACUCCUCUUCCCUUUGAUGAGAUUAGGAUUAUUCCAACGUAGCACAUUUUAAAAACAGAAUGUAUCAGAACACCUGGUAAAUCAUUCGCCUCCCUUCCUGUUUUACUGACAUGUUGCCAGUACGCAAGUCAAAUCAUGCCUCUGAUAUUUUCCUUAAAAUGGUUACGAUAUGGUAAACGUGGUUCUCUUUCCCCCAAUUUUAUUUUAUUCUAAAACCUCCGGAGAAUCGAGUUUUGGAAAUUACCAUUUUCUCACACAAGAGGCAAAUGAAUACCAUGUGGGGAAUCCUUUCAGGAUGUUUUCCUGCUUCAUUUCUGUAGAAGAGUGAAAAACAAAUCCCAAAAAACUAACUUUAAUUUAAAAGCUAAUCACAGCAGGAUGCUUAUGGAAAUACUGCCUUACUGUACAUACAAAUUCUACUUUAAUAUUAACCCAUUAGCUUAACUGGUAUUUUUGAAGACUAUUUUUCUAUCACUAUGGUAAAAUAAAAGAAUAUUUUCUAUAUUCCCAGUACAGCUGUUGACGUAUUCAGUGGGUACAAUAUUUUCUGCUACAAGGUUUAAUGAGUAUUUACACUGCACAGUGGUAUGUGCCGUCCAUACCGACCCAGCACCCACUGAGGAAUAUUAAGUAGAUGGCAGAAUUCAAUUUCCAGCGCCAUGUAGUUUAUCUGAUUCUUUUUAUCACCAACAAUACCUACCACCACUGACAACCUAGAGUUUUAGGACUCUCUACAGAACAGAAAUUAUUUCUCCUGUGAGCUUUGGGCUACUCUGGGUUUCUUCCCAUCGCUGGGUAAAUCAUCUUAAAGCUCCGGUGAAGGAGGAAAGUGAUAUCUUCUGACAUGCUGUUUCAGAGAGAGCUUUAGUUUUGUUUUUAUGAGCAAUCUUGGGCAGGCAAAAAAAAUUAAGCAAAACCAGGCGUUAGUAUCUCUCUGAAGUAGAUCCAUUUGCAAAAUCUUGGCAAAUCUUGGCAGAGAGAGCACUCAGAAGUGUCCAAAUAAAAGUUCUAGGAAAGGAGUCAUUUGUAGAGCCAUGGGAACCACUCCAAAGGUCAGGGUAAGAAGGUAAGAAUUUCCAAGUCAGUUCAAAAGCCGGACUCCCUGAGAAGGGUCAAAUCUUGGAUCUCCAUUUUAAAGGGAUCAUUCAUCUAUGUGAGCAAACCAUCUCCCUCUCUUUUUCGUUUUUCCUGCUGGUAAAUCUAUUCUCAAUCACCCAUUUACUGGCUGGACAGAGAGAACUUGAGCAUGCUUCUGUGAGUUAAAUCUUCAACCCCAAUAAGCCUAUGUUGACAGGAACUGGACUAUUUGAAGGUAAAGACAUUGCUUUUUCUUUGCAAAAGCAAUCAACACAAAGCUCUAUUUCCUGAUAUAUAAACAACAUCUGUGAGUGAGGGAAGCACGUGGGAAAGGUGUCUGAGCUCAUUGGGUCCUUGGAGCAUCUGAGGACCACUGCAGCAGCAUCACCUGAGUGAUGCUGGGAAAUUCUGUUUGCAAAAUCUCAGGCCCCACCUCACAUCUACAGAAUUAGAAUCUGCAUUUCCCUAAGAUUUCCAGGUGAUUCACAUGCACAGUGAAGUUUGAGAAGCACUGCCUUCAGUGACCAUUUCCACUAAGGCUAUUUUAGUGCGCAGAAAUAAUCCUCUCUUGGAAAGUACACAUCAAAUCUGUUUGGCUUUUAAUGAACAACACUGUAUAUAAGCAGACGGCCAAAAGAAAAAAAAAGCGGGGUCGAAGAGUCUUAAAUUACUCAAUCUUAUAUGACUUCACAUAAGAGAAUGACUUGCAAAAAAUAGACCAAACUUCCAAGAGGGGCAGGCAAUACAGUCUACCUUGAGAGGCAUUAACCAGAGGCAAAGACCUUCAAAGCCAAUACAGACUAAACCUUGCCAAAUAUAGUUCAUUCUUCUCUAAGAUUCAUAGCAAUCAUUUCUAGAGCUUGAAAACUUAACAAUAAAAAUAACCUGCUUUAGACAUAUAAUUUUCAUAUAUUAAAAAAUGUCAUGGCUAAAGACUCAUACCUAAUCUCCAAAAAAAUGCCAAUUAGCCACUUUGAUCAAGACUUUAGUUCAAUUCUGUGGUCAAUUGGCAUUAUUUGAAUUAAGUUUUUUAGUAGUGUAACAUGUUUUCUAUCAAGGAGUCAACUGUUCAAAUGAAAACAUAAAGACUGAGUUGGGUCCUGUUUUGCCUUAGAGAGACCUAUUCCCUUCUCUGAGCUUCAGUUUCCCCUAAAGAAGAUGUUGGGCCAAAUCAUUUCUAAGGUCUUUUUAAACUCUGAGUCCUUGACUUCAUUACUUACUAAAUAUUUUUCUGCAAAGAUAAUUUGUACCAAUGCCUUGUAUCUUAACAAAGCUGACAAAAAAUUGUUCUUCUUCAUGGAAAUAUGAAGUAAUCUUCAGUGAUACGCUCAUUACCCUUCACUUUUUAAAUCAUCUGUUUUGAUUGAUCUUGUAUUACACAUGCAUUUUGAUAAGUCAAGUAGGUAUGAAAUCAUAUUCUAAGAUUUUGUGCAAAUAUAUGUGUAGAAAGAAGAGGCAUGAGAUAGAAAAAAGACAUAGGGUGGUGCCUGUGGCUCAAAGGAGUAGGGCACUGGCCCCAUAUACCAGAGGUGGUGGGUUCAAACCCAGCCCUGGCCAAAAACUGCAACUUUUUUCUCUAAAAAAGAAAGAAAAGAAAAGAGACAUAAUGGAUAAAGCACUAAACUUUAGAACUAUGAUUUUGUGCUGAAUCAAGCCAUACUCAUUUCUCGCCAAGGCCAACAGCCUCAACUUGCUUAUGUCUGGCUAAUAAUUUCUUUUCCUGUCAUCUGAAAUUAUGAACAACCAUUGCACAGUGGCUUAAUAAGGCUUAUGCUCUGAGUUAUAAAAAGUUGUAUUUUUAUAAACAAAUACCUAAAUAUUCAAGCUUCAAAGCACAUGGAAACUGGAUCCAGUCAAUGGCUGAUUUAUGGAAACUUAUGACCCAAGCAGCAAAAGAUUCUCUGAUCAGUUGCAACAAAUGUACACACAGCCCCCCCAAUAUGAGCACAGGUUAGCACAACUGUGUGAGAUAGUUAAGAUCCUGCACUUACUAGAUAGAUCUAGUAAACGGUCUCUCCAGAUUCUAUCUUAAGAAUCUGUGUUUUCUUAAGUGCCUAUGCCCAAUCCUAAUAAUCAAUCCUUUAUUAAAGUCUGCCCUUAACUGGUUUGGCACAAGAUCCUGGCAGUGUGACUCUUUGGCCCAGGGUGACCCAACUGAGUUGAGAAUCUUUCGAGUUAAUGAACAACCGGGGGCUCCUGAGUUCCAGGGAGCAGUUUGGUUCUGGAGGAAAUCUGGCUCUCCCUCGGGCUGCUCACUGCUACCCAUCCCUUGAAAACUUGGCUUUGCCUUAUCUCCUUAGAGUACACAAGAAAGAAACAGAUUGGUACAUAUUUUACAAAGUGCCUUCCUUUAGUUUUGUUUUGUUUUAAUUUUUCAUUUUGUAGGACAAGUGUAUUGAUUAGAAAGUACGCUUUAUAGGGAUUCUUUAAUGUAAAUAGAGGGAGGAAUAAAAAGAGAAAAAACCAGAAGGGGAACAAUACAAUGGCUAAAAAACAACCUGCAAGCAUUCAGUGAAUUUUGUGCAUUGUUUAAUUGGAGUACUAUAGAGCUGACGUGAAUAGUGUAAUUUAUUUUACCUGACCAAAAAAAAAAAAAAAAGUGAGUCUGGCUAUGAUUUGGGGAUAAGCUUUUCCCCUUGUGAUUUGAAACCCUGAUAUCGAUGCACUUUUGAAUGUCACUGAAUUGCAUGCUAGGCUGGAAAGGAAAACGCAUGUACACUGGAACUUUGGACAUGGACAGGAAAAUAUUAAUGAUUUUGAACUGGUGUGACUAACAUAGAUUUGCUCUUGAUAAAAGCCUCAUGUGUACUUCAGUGGACAAAUUUCCUUUGCUACCUUUUGGCUCAAGCACAACAGUGUCAUUGCUAGGAUAGUGACAGAGCACUCAACGUCCAGGACCAAAUUGCAUCAAUGCCACUCAAUAGGCUGCAAGACCUUACGUAAGUACUAUAAAAUCUGGUCACCAGUUCUCUCACUUGUUAAAUACGUGAGUUGGCCUAAAAUGUUUCUUAGACUUCUUCCAGCUCUGUUUUCAAUUCUCACCAUCUAAGUAAAAUCCAGGGUCUCAGAUCAAAGGCAGGUAUAGUGUGAGAGAGGAUGGCCGGCAUGCCCUUGGCCUGAGGCAGCAAACAUGAGACCGUGUCUUUUAACAAAAUUUUACAAAAUUUUACAAAAUUUUUCUCUUGUACAGAUAUCCAUUCCUCCAAGUCAGAGUGAUUAAACACCCUUGUUUCCCCUCUUCCUUUCCUAGCUUUACAUACUUGUAGGCUUUUACUCCCUCGCUUCAGGGACUGUCAUUUUUUCUAAGAGUUAGUAGCAACCAUUGGAUCUGCAAGAAAUGAAAUUACUCAUAAACAAAGAAUUUGGGCCUGCAAAGGACUAUGUAAAUGGUUAAAUCAGCUACACAGAUAUCUAAGGGCAAAUGGAAGGUCACAGCCGCACCCUAUUUAGAGAUUUACAUGCAUAGAAAUCUGAGCCCAUGUCCAGGAAUUAUUUCGUUAAUUCAAAGGCCAUUAAUAUGUUGAUGUGUAAGUACUGGAGGUCUUGAGAAAUUUUAAAAUACAGAAUUAUUGCUUCACAUAUAAUCAGAAAUCACAUUUAUAAUUAUGAUCUGGACUUAAUAUAUGAUUAGCAAAUUAUCAUUUGAAAAUCAAACAGGAGUUCUCUCUCCCCAGACCUUUGUUUUUCAGCAAGAUGAGCUUUAGUCUGGGACACUCAUCGUAUCGAAUUCAAUGAAAGGAGUAAAAUAGAAAAAUUGAAAAUCGAAUGUGUCCAGAGGUUUAGGCAUCUCAGGAUUUCACAAAAUACCUAGAGUGGCCUACUACACAGAAAUUUUAUCGAACCUGUUGGAUCUACAAUCUAUUCAGUGUUCUGAGUUUCUGCCUAAGAAAUGUACAUAAUUCACAUCCUCAUAGACCAGCAGCUAUUUUAUCUACAUGAGUUUCUUGAUUUAUUUUGCUCUCAUUUCCAUUUAGAAAAAACUAAGACACAAUAAAAUAGACAAACCUAUCCUGUUUUAUAAGGUUGUGGUCAAUGAACAGAAGGACUCCCAGAUAACCUUAUUCUAUUAAUUAACAUAUUACCUGCUACUGAUUGAAAGAAAAAAACAAUUAACUCAAAAACAUUAUCAACUGAAGUAGUAACAUUCAAAAUAACCUUUAACAGUUAUAUCAAAUUAUGCUUCACCUGAAUAAAUGUCAAAAUACAGUCUGAUAUUUUUCUGUGCAUUUUGCAAAUCCUGGGAGAAAAAUGAUUUUUAUCGUGUUAUCUAAAAUUGGAACACAAUAUGGCAAAGAUACCUCAUAAAAAUAAUUUAUUUUAUAAAAUUCUAGAAUAAACGGAUUUUGAAUUUUUAAAAAUAACUACCUCCCCUUCAUGUCCUCACAUCCUUCCUUCAAAGCUGCUUGUAGUUUAGAAACAAGAGACGUCACAUCUCAUACUCUUGUUUUUCGGUGGCAUAUUGGAUGUAUUUGUCACGUGACAUUCCUGACUUUCCGGUAACUGUUGUAUUAUUUUGUAUUAUAUUGUUUUAUGUGGCUUAAAAUAGUAUAUGCCACGUUGAAAUAUAUAAUCCUUACAUUGUAAAACUCAUCAUGUAAUACAAAUGAAAAUCAAUAUUUAAGACUUCCAAUCUAUCCAUCUGUAGCUUCAAUAUGAUUGUGUCUGCAUCUCUAAAA